AUGGCCUUGCUUAAUCCGACCUUUAUCUUUGGGAUCCUCGUCCUGCUAUACCUCUCGACGUUUGUCGUGUUUGCCGUCGUCCGCAUCGUCACCGGCGUUUCCAUCCAGCGCAUCGGGUACUUCUCCCUGCGUCGACUCGCGUAUACGGCCCGCGAUGGCGUCCGAUUCGAAGUCAGGGGGCUGGGUCUCAACGUCCACCGUCCGACGUUUGCCCAGCCGACGUGGCUGAGUAUCGUGGUGGACGAGUUUGCGGUCACGGUCAAUAUCAAAGAGCUGGAACGCGCCAGGGCGAAGGAGGCUGCGCCCGAGGAUGUGGACUCCGAUUCCGAUGUGCCCGACCAGGCGCCGCGGCCGAUUACCCCCCAGCGGCCAAGGACACCACGGCUGGUUCGCCGCGGGAAUGAUUCAGAUGAGCGGAGCAAGACAUGGAAGCGGUUGACGAGGGUCAAGGAGCGCAUCAAGAGGCUGCAUCGGAAGGUGAAUUGGCUCCGCAUGGUGGACGUGGUGGCUACCAACUCGACCGUCAACAUCGCGGGGGUUGGAAAUGUGCAGAUGGGGAGCUUCACCGUGGCCGUGGACACGCGGCGGAAGAUGGUCGAUCGCGCCCGGUUUUUCCUCCAGGGCGGGGCACGGAAACGACGGGAGAAUCAGCAGGCCGAGUGGAUCGUGACGCUGAGGAGUGUGCUCUUUACGGCGGAAGGUGGGGAGUCGACGGAGGUUUUGGACAGUGCGACGCUCAAUAUCCACGGGUACUUGUACGACGCGCUCGAUGGGCUACGCGACGCGGCCAUUGCGCUCAAGCUUGGGCGCGUCCACAUCCCUUACGACGAUGUCCGCCACAGCUUGGCCCAGUACAAGCGGAUCCGGUCGACUGACGACGCGGCGUUUGCGCAGGCGGACCCCGUUGAUGUGGUAGUCGACCGUGUGAUCCAGGAGCUGGACGUCCCCGGGAGCACCAACCAGGAGCUGAUGCAGACGGUCUCCGACUCCAAGGAGCUUGUCAGCUCGGUGCUCAAGGGGAUCCGGGAAGUCCAGUUCGCCGUCAGCUUCAUUGGACUCACCAAGAAGAUUGAGGCCAUCAAGCCCGCUGGGCAGCCUAUCAUCCUCACGGCGUCCAUGAAGGAGGUCGGCAUUGACUUGCACCGGCUCGACCCCAAGUCGGCCGCGCACCGGAUGUACUUCCCGUCCAAGGACAUCGCGCACGAGGCCCUAGCAGCCGCCCUCUCGAUUUCUGUGGGGCUCGACGACGGCCACGGCAAGCCGGAGCGCAUCAUGUACAUCCCGAUGGCGACGACAACAGCGAGAACCACGCUUCCAUCCAAGACGGUCGAGCUGGCGGAUCAGGGCACCGCCGAGCAAAGGAAUGCCAAUAUUCUCUUUGCCAACUCAGUCGUGACCUCGCCCUCGGUCGACCUUGACCCCCGACAUCUCCCUCUCCUCAUAGCGAUGCUUCAGCGGAAGCCGAAGGCACAAAAGCCUGCGCAACAGCAACGCCACAUGCUCAUUUCCCGACUACUACCCAAGGCCACGUACAAAUUCUCAAUGCACGAACCUGUGUUGAGGAUCUCACUUCCGCCGGUGCAAAAGACGGCGGAGCCCGAUGAGUUUGACUUGAUCAUAUCAUCCAUAUCGUCUAUAUCGUUAGACAUUGAGUCGUUCCACUCGACGGUGGAGGACCUUCAUUAUUCACUGGCCGCUGCCAUGCGAGUUCAGACACAUAACCUGUACUACCAGACCUCUGCUGGUAGCCGAUUCGAUCUUCUCGAGACGGAGUCGUUCGAUCUCAAGGUGCAGCUCAACGCCACGCCCAACGUCCACGUGGUGGUCACGGGGAACCUUGAAACAUUCACGCUGAAGAUGGUUCGAGAGGAGAUCCGCGACGGGCUGCGCCAGAUCGUCCGCCAGCUGCGUCUUAACGUCGAACCAGACAAACGCGCUGUCUCGAAGACCUCCAAACACUCCAAUUUCCUGCGCGGUUUGCCGGCUUGGCUACUGCAUUUCCAGCUGCACUGCUCGGACUGCAGCAUCGAGGUCGCCGGCGUGGACAAGGGCAUCUCGGAGGACUCGCGGGGCAUCGUGAUCCAGCUGGACUCCUGGUCGGCCGACUACCGAUCCCAGAGACUGGAUGGCUUGCACAGGCGGCCGUCUAGGCGCAGAGCGAGCAGCCGCGGCGUCAUGUCGCCAGAAAACGACAUUCUCAAGGCGAUCCCCGUCUCGCCGAGGAAGAAGUAUUACCACGAAGGGGACGGUCGACGGGUGGCUCUCCACGCUCGUGGGUUCGAGGUGUUCAUGGUGGAAGCGGCCGACAAGUGGGAGUUUGAGCCGUUUGUCAACAUCCCCAAGUUUGAGGUGGCACUAUCAACACUGAGCGACCACCAGGGCCCCGUGUUCCAUAUCCACUCGCACAUCCGGACGGUCCUCCUCCAUUACUCGCUCUCGCGUCACUACGCUGUUGGGGUUGCCGUUUCGAGUCUCCGAAAAGCAUUUAUGCGGACAAGCAAGGACGGCUCUACUACUCACACGGCCACAGCUGCGACCACACCGAUGACACCGCCCAUGUCACCUCAGGGACGACGGGUAGUGGGCCAUCUUUCGCCGCCCACGAUGGGCAUUUCGGGAGACUUGAGUCUGGACGCGGAGGCCUGGAAAAACGCGCCAGAGCUCGUUGCGGUAGACUUCAAGGCCACGCUCAUACAGAUCAAAGCAGACCUACCGUCGGACCCCCCCGUGAUGUUCCACAUCUACAACCUCGAAGCCGGACAACACCGAUGGUCAUCCCCCUUCGUCCAGGCCAAGCUGGUGCGCCUGUUCGCCGAAGCUCCCCGGAUGCGACGAGUCUGGGCGCGCGUGGUCAGCCUCAAGAACGUCCGCGUCGACCACCGCGAGUCGCGACAUCGGCUGACCAACGGUGGGGUGCGCGAGGACCGCAUGUUCGACAUUGUGGCGGAGAAUGUGCGUUUGGCGGUCCCCCACGAGAUGGUCAUCUACAAGAUCACGGACAAUUUUGUCAAUACCCUGAAGUCGGUGCUACAGCUGCACCACCGGUUCAAGACGGGCACGGACGAGUACAUCCUCGAUAAAGGGCCCGAACCGCCCAAGAAGGUGCCCAAGGUGUCGCUGCGGGCGAAGAGUUUGCUGUUUGAGCUGGAGGACGGCGCAUUCGAGUGGAAACUGGGCGUGAUCUACCGCGCGGGCAUGGUUGAAACAAUGCAGCGCCAAGCGCGCGAGGAGGCGUUCCGCGUCAAGGUCAAGAAAAUCCACGAGCAGGAGUCGCGAAGGGGGUUGUCGUCCAAGAGACGAGCCCGGUCGGCGGCUCGGCAGGACGAUGAUGCGCCGCUGCUGACCACAGGUGGUGUCCCUCGACCCGGAACCCGCAGCCAUAGUGCUGGCGGCGGUGAUGGUCGACGGCGAUCAGCGAGCGACGGGCGCAUGCGCGGCCGGACACCGCGAUACGACCCGGAAGCGGGCGCCCGCUCGCUCAACGGCCAGGCACGCGUGUCGAUUGCCGAGGCGAGACACAAACUGAACCUACACAACGCCAAGAGUUGGAAGCAGCGGAUCGACCAGCAGUACGAGCUAGCCCGGCGCGCGGCGCAGGAUAUGCGCUCGCAUUUCUGGGGCGUCAACGAGAUACCCGACGACCUGGAGGACAGCGAGAAAGUGCUGGAGGUGCCGCAGCGGCCGGCGUUGAUGGCCGCGCUGAUUAAUGACCUGCACAUUGUCGUCGACAAGCCGUCGUUCCCGCUGCGCGAUCUGCCUGAUUUUCUGCACAAGGUCAGCAUGGGCGAGGCGAGGAUCUCGCUGCGGGAUUACCCCUUGCCGUUCCUGCACGUACCCGCGAUCAAGCCGGGCCAGUCGGUGCGGUUGCCCGCGCUGGCGAUGACGACGGAUUUUGUCAUUGCCGAGGAGUAUCGGGGGCCGGAAUCAACGCGCAGGAUCCGCGUGCCGAUCGUGCCGCCGUCGUCUGGCGAAGAAGGGAAAGGGGCUGGUAGUAAUGGUUUCGCGGUGGAUGUACGACGCACGAUCGGACCAGUCAAGACGUUCUCCGACAUGAGCAUCGACAUCCACACGGCGAACCCAACGCGUAUCACCUGGGGACCAUCCUAUCAACCAGCAAUCCAGGACAUGAUGAUGGCGAUCGAGUCGAUGACGAAGCCGCAGCUGGACCCGUCGGACCGGGUCGGGUUCUGGGACAAGAUCCGGCUCAACUUCCACUCGCGCAUCCGCGUGGCUUGGCGCGGCGACGGCGACGUGCACCUCGCGCUCAAGGGCAGUCGGGAUCCUUACCAGGUCACGGGCAACGGUGCCGGGUUCCUCAUGUGCUUCCGCAACGACGUGCGUUGGAAUAUCCACACUGUCGAUGACCCCAAGGAGUUCAUGACCGUCGACAGCGGCGAGUAUGUCAUGGCUGUGCCUGAUUACAGUCACCAGGUGCGCGAGGCACGUCGUCAGCAUGGCGAGGAUGAUGGUGUGGGGAGUAUUGGGAGUCGGAGCAGCGGGUCGAGUAUGCAGUUUGGGUCGGAGUCGAAGAAGUCCGGCGCAGCAACGUUCAAGAAGGUGGUCAUGAAGCUGUCGGGCAAGGUGCAGUGGCUGGCUGGGCUGGUGUUUGAACGCGCGAUCGGGGAGGACGGCACGCGGACGUUUGCGUGCAAGCCGCACUACGAGGUGAUGCUCAAGUCGCCGGCGCAUGCGAAGCCCGGGCCGGAUGGCUUGCCGUAUGAUGCCUUUCGCGGGUUCCGCAGCCAGCACAUUCAUCUCUCGGUCGCUAUUCGCGCGCCGGUGGAUCGGGCGUGGUCUGGGUCUGGUUCCGGAGCUGAAUCUGGGCUUGGGACGUCGACGAUGGCGUUGGAGCCGUCGCGCAGUUACAACGCGGUGCAUCUCACGCCGCGGUUCUUUACGCACUUCUUUGCGUGGUGGUCACUCUUCUCGGGCCCACUAUCGCUGCCCAUCCGACAGGGCUCGCUAUGGCCGGGCAGGGAGAAGAACAGCAAGAAAUUUGGCCGGCACCUGGCCACGAUCAAAUACAAUAUCUUGCUGGCGCCGCUGUUUGUCAGCCACAUUUACAAGCACAAGGACGCCGAGUACUCUGCCGCGCCAUCAGCAGCAACAGCAGCGGAGAACUCGGCGAACACGGGGGGCAACGCGGUGUCCGCGACGGGCAUCAAGGUGCGCCUCGACAGCUUCAUGCUGGACCUCCACCAGAGGCGCGAGGAGUUCAACACGCGCGACCGCGGGCGCAAGACGCAGAGUCGCACGACAGGCAUGAAGAUCCACGCCGGGCAAUUAGACCUAGUCUCAGCCGAUGUGCGCGCAGUGUCAGCCAGCAUUCGGGGGUCGGCGUCGAUGGCCGCCUCGGGAUUGUUUCCAGAGGGUCAAGAAGACGGAGACGACGAAGAACACGAUCACGACGAGGACCCGCCAGACCUCUCGCGCUUCACAAUCCCCGACAACGACCUAACCUGGAUCGACAUGGACGACUUCGUCGAACUCGACUGGAUCCUGCCCACCGAAGAGCCCAACCCCGACACCAAGAUCCUGCCGCUGGCGUUUGCGCCACGCGUGACCUACUUCCGACAGACGGACAUCAACGGCACGAUUGCGGGCGACCCGGACCGGACGAGUCCCUUUGGCCAGGAACCCACGCCGACGCAUGUGUGUGUCAUGAGCCAGGACGAUGAUCCGAGGAAUGUGCAGUGUCAGUUGAUUCGGAGGCGGCUGGAACAGUUGGAUGAGCAGAUUGAGACGCAUCAGCGGAAUUUGGGCCAUGUGGAGUUGCGGUUGGUAAGAGGGGAUGCGGAUGUGGUGAAUGAUGAUGGUGAAACUGCCGGGGAGCUGGAUGCGGAGUUUGAGAUGCUGAGUCGGCACUCGGGGGUGCUCGCGGGGAAGAAAAUGUUUUUGCAAGGCAUGCUCGCGGAGAUGACUCCCGGCAGUGGCAGCGGAAACGACAAAAGCACUUCUCGCGAUGAAGAAAAGAAUAGCCCGACCGAGUUUAGAGAAGGCACGCGGAGUCUGCAAGGGACCAUGUCGACGCCCGCAGCGGCCGAGUUCGCGAGCGACUUCAAGAACCGGUUCGUGGUGCACAACAUGCAGCUGAAAUGGAACAACACGCUGCGGAACAUCAUCCUGCGGUACAGUCACCAGGUCGGCCAGCGCAGGGGGUUUGUAUAUUACCUCUCGCGCCCGGCCGUCAAGUUUAUUUUGGAUUUGGUCGACGAGCAGGCCAAGUCGAAGGUCGGUGGGAGGAAUAACAGCAGCAGCAAUGUGCCGACGCCCGGGACGACAGGGCACACGCCGGACUUUGCGGGCCAGAGCGAUCAGGACGUUGCGAAGGAUAUUGAGGAUCGGAUUCGGCGGAUUUUGCAGGACAGUAACAAGUUUGCGGGCCAGCAACACCCCACGAUGGCCGACCUGGCUAGCGGCAUCGCAGACGAGUUCACGACGCAAAACAGCUACCACGUACGACUAAUCGCGCCGCAGAUCCAGCUGCAGAGCGACAAGAACAAGAAGCACGUGGUGCUGACAGCGUCCAAGGGCAUGGAGCUGAAAGUGGUCGACGUGCUGGACAAGAGCCGGCUGUUCGAUGACGUCAGCGGCCUGGUGCAGCGCCGGUUCCUCGUCAACAUGGACAGCACGCAGUUCUUCGUGACCCACCAGAAGUGGUUCUCGACCCAGCUAGUGUCCAUGUACUCGGGCAACACGUACGGGACCCCUGCGGGUUCGUCGUGGCCCCCCUGGGUGCCUAUGGAGGUCAUGUUUGAUUUCCAGUCGGAUCCGUUUGGGUUCAAACGUGUGGUCCAGAAGACGUCGGCUAUGCUGCGGUAUGACAAGUUCAACCCGCUGCGGCUCAAGUAUAAUGAUGAGGUCAAUGCGAGCGCGGAAGAAGAAGAGGGCGGUGAUGAUGGGUUUAAUGGCCCCGAUGACAACCUCUGGGUCGAGUUCCCACGGGCACACGCGCUGUGCAACUCGUCGCAGUACUACGCCAUCUACGUCAUCGUGCUAGACCUGCUCAUGUACAGCGAGCCGCUCGAGAAGACGCGCAGCGAGCGCCUCGAGAAGAUCCUGCUGGCCUCCGACUUCAGCGACCUGCGCGGCGUGCCCGAGAUGGUCAUCCGUCUGCAGGAGCGCGUGCGCCAGCUCGAGGAGAUCAAGACGCACUUCCACAUUCACGCGCGCCAUCUCGAUCAGCAAGGCUGGCAUGACCGGCUGCUGCUGGAGCGUGACUUGGCGGCUUGUGAGGACGAGCUGUUCUUCAUGAUGACUGCCAUUACCUCGUCGCAGCAGCGUCGGCUUGAGACGGGGAGUAGCAAUGCGCUGCUGAAAUGGAGUAUCAUGGCCAAGGAGAUCGUGUGGCAGCUCGUGCGCGACAAUAAUGAGCCUAUGGUUGAACUGCAGCUCAAGGACGUCGAGUAUGACCGUAUUGACAAUGCGGACGGCUCACAUAUCAACCUCAUGCAGGUCGGCAAGAUUCUUGGGCUGAAUCUGCUCCCGGAUGCCAUUUACCCGACCAUGGUGGCUCCAUAUGUCGACCGUGAUCGGGAUCGUGGCGCUUCUGACCGAGUCACGCACACGAACACGCAACCCGUCAUCCGCGUGUACUGGAACAUGCUCGAGGCCAUCGCGGGCAUUCCCGUCAUGGACCACUUCGAAGUCAAUCUGUUCCCGCUCAAGAUCCAGCUGGAGCGUGAGCUCGGCAAGAAGCUGUUUGAGUACAUCUUCCCGGGCACCGACGUCGGGAAGGCGACUGCUGGUGGUGGCAGUGGUAGUGGGAAGAAUGACUCGCCGUUCAUGAUCAGGCAAUCUACCGGGGAUGAGGAGGACGACGAAAACGAGACCGAGGACGAAGACGAGGACGACAACAGCACCAGCAGCAACGCCACGCCCUUCGCAACGCGCCCCGGCUCGCUCGAACUCCGCCUGCGCCCGACGCUGACCUCGGACCCGGAUGAGGGCUCAGGCUCGGGCAAGCACAAGGCACUCACCAUCCAGUCUGGCGAGGGCGUCUCGUUCCGGCUGUUCCGGAGCAGCAACACCGGCCCUUCACGGUCGAUCAACAAGAAGCGGUCGCACGAUUCGCUACGCAUCAACACGCCGCGUCCGGGUGGUUUCGGUCGGACCACCACGGGUCUGUCGGCUCUGUCUACGUCGCGCGACGCUGCCUCGAUUCACAGCGAUACCGCGUCCAUUGCCGCCUCGUCCACCACCAAGAGCCGCUCGCGCUUCACGCUGCGACACCGGUCCAACGAUAGCGACAAGGAUCGGGAUAGGGAGAAGGACAAAGACAGGGCGAAAGACAAAUCCAAGACCCAGUCGGACGACCUAACCAAGAUGAUGGACCGCGCCUCCAACUACAUGACCUUCGCCUACAUCAAGAUGCCGUCCGUGGUCCUAUGCCUAAGCUACAAAGGCAAAGGCGACCGCAACUUUGAAGACGUGCACGACUUCGUCUUCCGCCUGCCAACCAUCGAAUACCGCAACAAGACCUGGUCCAACCUCGACCUCGCCCUCGCCCUCAAAAGCCGCGUCAUCAAGGCCCUCAUCAGCCACACCGGCGCCAUCAUCGGCAACAAGUUCUCCCGCCACCGGCCCAACACCGCGCAACAAUCCAAACUGCGCGAGCUGGCCACCAGUUCGGUCUUGCUCGCCACCCCGCCCACCACAGCCACGACGGCAAACUCGAUGAACUUGACGGCGUCGGAGUCGAGGGAUAACAGCGGGGAUGACUCGUCGUCAUUGUAUGGGGUUUCGCCUGUGGACUUUUCGCGGUCGCCGCCGAGAUCCAUCCGGAGGUCGCAGACGUCUAUUCCUAUCCCGUCGCCGUCGGCCAGUCGCAGUUCCAAAAACAACAACAGCACCACCAAUACCAGCACUACCAGCAACAGCAACGCCAGUAGUGGCAGUGGCAGCAAAUCCACCUUCAGCAGUCUCCUCCGGCCCUCAUCAAGCGGUUGGUCUCGGACCUUCGGCGGUGGUAGCAGCAGCAGCAGCAGUAACAACCACGGAGGAAGGCCGAGUAGUAGCAGUGGUGUGACGAGUUCCACUGUUACUGGUGGCUCCGGCUCCGGCUCCGGCUCCGGGUCGGUGGGUGGGUUGCGAAGGACAAAGACGAAUGCUACGGCUGGGCAUGUGGCUAUAUCUGAGACGGAUGAGAGGGAGCAGCAGCAGCAGCAGCAGCAGCAGAGUAGUCCGGACAGACGGCGGACUGGAGGGAGUGGGACUGGUAAUGGCGGGGACAGGAUCCAGGCGCUGGCGAACCGGUUGAAGGAACGGGAGAAUACUGUCGUGGCUCCUGUCGCGAGUGGCGGGGAUAAUAAUAUGGGAGACAGUGAAGAUGGGGAUGGCGAUAAUAAGGAGGAUGGGAAUGGAAACGGCAAUGGGUUGGUUAGGAGGAUGAAGCUCCCACUAACCGACAAGCUGGUCGACCGCCAGCGCGACGCCCUCUUCAACUACUCCGCCACCUCCCAAGCCGAAGCCAGCAAAGCCCGACCAUGGACAACCGACCCACACUACUUCAAAACCGUCCGCAUCUCCCCCGUGGCCCUCAUCAAAAUGGUCAUCCACGCCCGCUCCGGCGGCGCCUUCGAAGUCAUGGGCAUCAUGCAAGGCUACGUCGACGGCCCCGCCCUCGUCGUCACCGACGCCUUCCGCCUCCCUGUCGAGGGUACCGAGACCCGCGUCAACGCCCAGGGUGAAGCCGACGAGUACCUCGUCGAAUACCUCGCCCAGUGCCGCGACGAAUCCCGCCAGGAAAAUGUCAUUGGCUGGUACCACUCCCACCCGGGUUACGGCUGCUGGCUGUCGGGCAUCGACGUCGCCACCCAGCAACUGCAGCAGCUGCAAGGCCCCAUGGUCGCCGUCGUCAUCGACCCGGACCGUACCGUGUCUGCCAACAAGGUCGAUAUCGGCGCGUUUCGGACGUACCCGGACGGAUACAUCGCGCCUGCUGGCGGCACAUCAGCAGCCUCGCAAUCUUCCGCUGCACCCGCCCACGACCCGAACCAAACCGCCGUCCCGCUAACGAAAGCCGGAGACUACGGCGCCCACGCUAGCAAGUACUACCCGCUCGCCGUCGAGCACUUCCGCAGCACCCUGGAUGGGCGCCUGUUGGACCGUCUGUGGGAUAAAUACUGGGUGCAGACGCUGUCUCAGAACCCGCUGCUGACCAACCGCAGCUUUGCCCGGAGCCAGAUGGCCGAUGCUGCGUCGCGCGUGCAUGAUGUGGCUGGUGCUAUUGCUAGGGCUAGCAGGAAUGCUUCGGCCUUGGCGGGGGGUCCGUUUGGUAGAGGUGGUCCUGGUCUGGCGGGUGUUGGUAGUAGUCUCGGUGGUCCCGGUGCGAGUGGAAGUGGUGCUGUCGGAAGUGGGAGUGGAGGAGCGGGUAGCGGUGGUGUGGUUGCGGCCAGCGAUGCGGCGGUGAGCAAGAUUGUGCAGGAUAUUGACUCGAUUGCUGCGAGGGAGCGGGCUGGACUGGUGGCGGCGGAUGUGAAGACGAGGAUAUUUAGCGACGGGAGUGCGUAA